UUCAGUCAGUGAGGGAUCAAACAUUUUCUCUUCUACACUGCCAUGAAAAACAAAUUGAUUCAACUGGUGACGCAACCGUCUCGCAGAUUGUCAUUUUUCGCCCUGUUUUUCGUUGGUGUUUUCUUUGUUUUGAAGCAGCAGAACAGCACGAAUAAUUAUUCGAAUCACAUCCCGAGCAAGAAAAGUACUGACGUAGUCAACGCGACAUACAUUUCCCCAUUGUGCAACUGCAGCAAAGAAAUUCAAGUGCAAUCCAUUCAACCCGAUCCGAACGCGUUCAAGUGGUGCGGUCCCGACUCUUCCGUCCGCGGGAUGCACCAAAAAGUCAUCACCUACACGCUGUACGGCAACGUCCAAAACGCUUCCAUUGCCGACCGUUAUUAUUCGUUAUUACGUAACAUUUCACUCACUGCCGAGAGGGAUUAUCCCGGUUGGGUUGUCCGCAUUUAUCAUAACUUUCGUGAUCAAGAGGGACCCGGCCAUCAGCAGCUGUGCGAUAUCUAUUGUCAAUUCCACCAUGUCGACUUGUGCAGCGUUCCGCUUCUUAUUGAGCGCAUUGGCAAUUCGACCACACCAAUCGAUCCCGUACUGGUUGCGGGACUCAACCCGAAAAUGUUUCGCUAUUUGGUUAUGCUCGAUCCAAAUGUCGACGUGUUCAUUUCGAGGGAUGUCGACAGCAUCAUCUGGCCGAGAGAAGUCGACGCUGUUGCAGAAUGGCUGAAAUCCAAUUACACUUUUCACGUUAUGCGCGAUCAUCCAUUUCACGGGGCCAUCAUAUUGGCCGGAAUGUGGGGAGCUAAACUGGAUCAGCGCAGGGAUCUAAUUGAAGGAUUGAUGAGGGCGUUGGUUCCCGCCGGGCAGAAUCAAAUCGCCUGGCAAUAUCAGGUCACAUUGGACACAAUUCUCUGGCCAACCGCCAAAUACGAUGUGAUGGCCCACGAUUCGUAUCAGUGUCAGAACGAGUAUGUGACGCGGACUGCUCCCCUGAAAGUUUUCCCGUUUCCCACCCAACGCGCUGGCAAAUAUUACGUGGGUGGAGCCGGCGGAGAUCUUUAUCCGGAAAAAUGCCCGGAGGCCUGCCGACCACCGGAUCACAAAGAUUGGGAAUAUUGUUAAUAAAUAACAUAUGUUGUGCUUGUAUAUGUAUUGACAAUUCUUUUCUUUGAAUUCUUUUCUGUGCCAAUAAAUAACACCCAGUCGUUCUU